UAUGAUGAUCCACCGGAUUGGGAGGAGAUUCUGAAGUACUUCAGAGGGUCGGAGUUGCAGAGUAAGUGAGGCUACAGUGAAGGUGGUGACGUGCCAAGCACUAACCUUUGCAUGCCUUAGACUACUUUACAAAGGUGCUUGAGGACGACCUCAAAGCUGUGACUAAGCCGCAAUAUGUCGACCAGAUCCCUAAAGCUGUCAAAGGCACUAACCGUGCCGUCGGCUUUCAAAUGACCCAACGUAGCCAAGUCAGCAAGGAGCGCCUAGAGGAGAUCGCUGAAGUACUCGAACUUAAGCAGGUAUGGGACCGCGACAUCGAACUUCUCUCAGGUGGUGAGCUGCAACGUUUCGCCAUUGGCAUGGUGUGCGUCCAGGACGCGGACGUCUACAUGUUCGACGAGCCCUCCUCUUUCCUUGAUGUCAAGCAACGUCUGGCGGCCUCGCGCAUGAUCCGCAGUCUGCUGGGCCCGGACAAGUACGUCAUCGUUGUCGAGCACGAUCUUGCUGUCCUCGACUACCUUUCCGAUUACAUCUGCGUACUGUACGGUAAGCCAGCCGUCUACGGUGUUGUUACCGCGCCCUUCUCCGUGCGCGAAGGCAUUAACAUCUUCCUGGACGGCAAUGUUCCGACUGAGAACUUGCGCUUCCGUGAAGAAAGCCUGCAGUUCCGCAUCGGCGAGGCCGGAGAAGAGUACCUUGUAGACAAGUCUCGCGGCUAUAACUACCCAAAAAUGACCAAGACCCUGGGGAGCUUCAACCUGACCAUCGAAACCGGCGAUUUCACCGACUCCGAGAUCAUCGUUAUGAUGGGUGAGAACGGUACGGGCAAGACUACGUUCUGUAAGAUGCUCGCAGGCGCCGAGAAGCCGGACGGCACACAAAAGGUACCGUCAAUGAACAUCAGCAUGAAGCCGCAAAAGAUCACUCCCAAGUUCACCGGUACGGUCCGACAACUCUUCUUCAAGAAGAUCAAGGCUGCCUUCCUAUCGCCGCAGUUUCAAACGGACGUCUACAAGCCCUUGAAGAUGGAUGACUUCAUCGACCAGGAAGUCCAGAACUUGUCCGGCGGUGAGCUGCAGCGCGUUGCCAUCGUCCUCGCACUCGGCAUCCCCGCCGACAUCUACCUUAUUGACGAGCCCUCAGCCUACCUUGACUCCGAGCAGCGUAUUGUUGCCGCAAGGGUGAUUAAGCGGUUCAUCAUGCAUAGCAAGAAGACCGCAUUCGUUGUAGAGCACGACUUCAUCAUGGCCACCUACCUCGCCGACCGCGUCAUUGUGUUCGACGGACAGCCAUCCGUCAAGUCUCGAGCAAACAAGCCGGAGAGUCUGUUGACGGGCUGCAACCGGUUCUUGGAGAGUCUGGAUGUGACAUUCCGUCGGGAUCCCAACACGUACCGUCCGCGCAUCAACAAGUUGAACAGUCAACUCGACAAUGAGCAGAAGAAUGCCGGGAACUAUGUAAGUCAUGUUCCAGCACUGAGCGCUUAGUCAAGGUUACUGACACAUUCGCAGUUCUUCCUGGAGGAAGAGUCCUGAAAGGCGUCGUGCAUGUGAUAAACGCGGAACCUGCAUGUGUGAAAGCUGCAAUCCAUGCCAACGGUACAAAGAGACGCCGCGCCGUCAACAGCGGCGCCGAUGAGUCGCUUGAUGAGGAUGGUGCCGAGGAAGAAGAAGAUGAAGAGGCCAUCCUACCGAGAGAGCCCGGGUUCCGUCUCCGCUGGCGCGCAGA